AUGUCCGGCUUGCCCAUACCCCUUGGCCUGCUCUACAUGUCGCCGCCUUUGCCGCUGCUGCUGUCGCCGCUGCACUCUUCAGCCUUACCCCUGAAAAUCGCAACCGCCAUCGGGAGGAUGUCGCUCAAUGGUCUGGACGACCCCAAGGUCAAGGAGGCCCAUGACGCUGCCGUUGCUGAACCAGGAGGAUGGUUCCUCCUCAAGUAUGCGAGUCGCGAUGACGUUGAACUACUGGGCCGUGGGAAUGGUGGCAUUGUAGAGAUCCGGAACAACAUCGCCCAAUUCGAGAAUGACAACGAGGACCACUCGCCCUUAUUUGGCUUUCUGAGGUACCGACGCCGGAACGUAAUCAUCAAAUAUCUUCCCGAAGAUUGUUCUCGACUUGUACAAGCGCGAGUCACUGUCCAUUUCAAUGCCGUGUGCGAGCGGUUCGCGCCAUACAACACCGAUUUCUCGAUAGCUUCCGCGAAGGAGCUCAAGGACACAAAGUUGUCUGCCGCCUGCUCCUUGCACGCUGCGUCUGGAUCGACCUCAUCCUCAACAAGCUCCUUGAGAAGGAGACGGUUAAUGGAAAUUGCAGAAGAGGAAGAGGAAGAACAAAGAGCAAGCAAGCGGAAAUCUACUGGUCCCGAAAACCUGGUAGAGGAUGCGACGGAGGAAUCGACAGAAGCCCCGAAAUCGCCAAUCGAAGGCCCGCCCGUGACGCUGAAUGCCGAGCUCGCAAAUUCGCCAGAAGAAAGCAAGUUUUCUACAUCCUUGGAGCCGCCCGAAUUUGUUGGCGCCAGACCGCCUUCGCCUUCGAAAUCGGUAGACGAAGGACGCCGCAUGUCAUCGCAAUCCCUACGACCCGAACUUUAUUCUUCUUCAUCUUAUACCUAUGGCAAACCCAGAGUCAAACUUGCCCCACGACCAUCUCUCGACGUUGCCGGCCGUGCUCGCACAGGAACCGCUGCUGUGGGGCCCGCAUUCAGACCAAUUUCGCAGAUGCCCUCUGGCUUCAAGCUAUUUUCCAAGGGUUCCAAAAAGGGAAAGUCCAAGGAAAAUACUCUGGAUCCUGCCGAACCAGCCCACCCCGACGAAACAAUCGAAAUCUCCUUGGCCGCCACUUCAAUACCCCUACCCGACGGGGACCCCAUUUCCCAGGUUGAUGAACUCGUUAGGCCACACACGAGUUCUGGGCGACCCACAACGAGCUCGGGCGCUUCAAUUAAAUCCGCGAUGCCGUCCUUCACCACCCUUUCCACCAAGCAAGUCAUGACGCCUGAAAAGGCGCGUCUGAUGAAGGCGAUGCAACUGAGGGAAAAGAAGAAGAAAAUGAAUCAACAAACCGCCUCUACCCCUGUCGUCGAUGCCCCUGCCAAGGAGGUUACCUCGGAAAAGGUUCAGCCUGUCGAACACAUUGAGGAGGUACCCGAGCAGACCCUUGCUACCGAAGCGGAUGACGAAGACGGCGAGAAGCGACUUUCGGUCUAUAAGGCGGAUUCUGGUAUUGUUGUCAACGCAUCAUCGGUCUCGAUCCACACCGACGUGGCCUCUGAGUUUACUCAGAGCGACUCUCACCCUGCGUCACCCAUCAUGGCGUCUUCCGAACCCGACCAGUCGACCAAGGCAUCGUCGCUAUCCGAGUCCACCGAAGAGACAGUAAAGGAACUCGAGGAUAAGAAACUUGAUGCUGAUACGGACACGAUUGAGGCGCACAAGGACGUCGAGCCGGAGGCGGGGGUUGAGCCGGCUUCUAUCCACGAAAAGGCUGCUGCCCCUGAAUCAAAGGAGCCCGCGGCUGAUAUCAAAGAGAAGCAAUAUGAUGCCGAGCGGGUCGUUGACUUCAUCCCCACGACCCAAGACGAAGUUACCGACUCCCCCGAAAACGCCCCAAUAGAAGUUCCCGAACCCAAGCAAGCCAUAGUUGCCGACGAGAACCCGACCGAGUACAAGGAAGAGACCCCCGAGGCCGCUACACAAGAACUUGCCACUGGGCGACUGGAAACCCCCGAGGUCGCCCAGCCCAUGGAACAACAAAUUGAGACUGAGAAGGUAGCAGUCAAGGCUCAACAAUCCAAAUUAUCGCCCACCUUCAGCUUACCAAUUUCCAAGUUUUCCACGAGCCCAACUCAACCAAAGCCUCCCGUCGAGCCAACAAAGCCAGAGCCCCUGGACGUUGAGAAACGUGACACCGUUCCCGCGCAAACGGCAGUAUCGCCGAAAUCGCCGCUAUCUCCUCGUUCGCCAGGACUCAAAGUUCCUCGAUCUAAGUUUUCGACGCAGGAUCUCAGGUCAGCUGCGAGUUUCGAAGUGCCCAGCAUUGUCUCGCCUGAAGAACAGCUAUCCACAGAACCAUUGCCUACCGCUGUAGAGGAGCACGGCAGUGUUAGUGAGGAAGUUCCGGCAGCCUCGGAGGUGUCCAAGCGAAGAUCCCUCGUUCAACCGAUCCGGACCGAUCUGGAAGUACCUGAGAAGCGGGCAGACGCCAGUAUCUCCGACGAUGAGGACUUGAUGGAUGAACUGCACUCUGCUACGGUUGAGCAAGCACAGCACGUCACUGUUUCCAAAUCGCCUAUCACCCCAGUCUUCCCAAGCCCGGCAAUCCAGAACGCCAGCAGGCCGACUUCGCGCGGCGUUGUCCGCACUAUUUCGAACCCAGUGCGGGGGCUCACAGCUGCAGAUGUAGCACAGGCCCAAAGCCAGAGAUCGAUCUCUUCUGGCGCAGCCUUUUUACACAAGAUUACCCAGCAACAAGGCAACAAUCAUUUAAAGCCAAACCAGCCCAACAAGAUCGGAUCCAGCAUAUCCCAACGUAUCAAGGCCCUGGAAAAGCUAUCUGCUCAUGCACCCGGUGUUGAAGCGGACACGAGCAGUCUGAAGGCUCCGAGGCCAUCUUCAGCAUUCUUUGCCGUGAAGAGGGGAAGCGUUCGUGAGUCGCCAUCUCGCUCCCCUUCUGUUGUCGAUGGGACGAGGCCUUCGACCCGUGGCGCCAGUCCUGUGCCCCCUAUCAUGACUGAUUCGCAGGAGUCGUCUCCAGAGGCAGCCGGCCGAGGUAGGUCGGGAUCCAUGGCAAACAGGCUCUCGAUGUUUGAGAUGCCUGGCAGCAAUCCGCCCAGGAGUCAACCAGAAUCCAUCUCUGUUACGGCGCGAAUCAUUCGCGACCCCAGCCAGACCGGCAAGGCGCCUGAGCCGCCAAAAAAUCCUUCCGAGUUCGAACGACUUGAUCUCAAGGUGUCGCCGUUGGUUGUCGAUCAUCAGAUGGCCGCACUGCCGCUCCCGCCAGCCAAUCUGGCCAAAGUGGAAUCCUCCAAAGAGACCAUUCAAGAACGAAGACUGUCAAAGGAGAAGCGCCGCUCUCAGUCCAUCGACCCCAAGGACGAUGUCGAAGAAGCGCCGCGACGCUCAUCUCUUAGCAUCAUGAGGGACUUCAUCAAGGACCGUCGCAAAUCACUCACUUCACCGUCCGCUGAAGCGUUGACCGCCCCCCUACCCAUGUCACCUGGCUCAAAGUCGCCCUCAAGACCACCCUCGACUCAUGCAAACUCUGGUGGUCGCCGUCUCUCGAUCAGCAGCCGUCGGUCUUCCAUUAGCAAGGAGAACGACAUGAGUGGUGCCAUGUCUCCGUCCAUGUUCACUGAGGGCAGUGGUUCUGGCGACGACAGCAAAUCCACUGCUAGUGACAAGAAGAAGGGCCGCGCAGGUCGUUUCAUGCGUCGCCUUUCGUCAUCUCUGAGCAGUGCUGGGCGUGGCAAGACCAUGACCCCCACUGCCAUCUCUCCCACAGUUCAGGAGGAGGACGCAUUGGAGGUGGCCCGCCUCCAGCAGCCCACCAUCGAGGCAUUUAUGGGAGACGUCAACGUCCAGUUCCCAGACAACCUGCUGUGGAAGCGUCGCAGCAUGUGCCUUGACUCCCAGGGGUUCCUGAUCUUGAGCGCCGUCGCAGCCGGCACCGCCGCCAAGAACAAGCAGCCUACAGGUACCGGAGUCAAGAGAUACCAUCUCUCGGACUUUCGGGUGCCCUAUAUUCCCGACAUGGAAAUCCAGGAGCUGCCUAACAGUAUUUGCCUUGACCUAGUCGAGGGCUCAGGCUUGCAGGUUGCGUGCGAAGAUCGCGCCGGACAGAUGAAUGUAUUACACAGUGAGUCAAGCCCAUACCCCCAGCGUUUAUAA